AUGGCGCCGCGGCCGCUGGGCCCCUUGGUGCUGGCGCUGGGAGGCGCCGCGGCCGUGCUGGGCUCGGUGCUCUUCAUCCUCUGGAAGACCUACUUCGGCCGCGGGCGGCAGCGGCGCUGGGACCAGGGCGAGGCCUGGUGGGGCGCGGAGCCGGCCCGCCUCCCAGAGUGGGACGAGUGGGAACCCGAGGAGGAGGACGAGGAGGAGCCGGCGCUGGAGGAGCUGGAGCAGCGCGAGGUGCUGGUGCUGGGCCUGGACGGCUCGGGCAAGAGCACGUUCCUGCGCGUGCUGUCGGGGAAGCCACCGCUGGAGGGCCACAUCCCCACCUGGGGCUUCAACUCCGUGCGGCUGCCCACCAAGGACUUCGAGGUGGACCUGCUGGAGAUCGGCGGCAACCAGAACCUGCGCUUCUACUGGAAGGAGUUUGUGAAUGAGGUGGACGUGCUGGUGUUCAUGGUGGACUCUGCUGACCGGCUGCGGCUGCCCUGGGCCCGCCAGGAGCUGCACAGGCUGCUGGACAAGGACCCCGACCUGCCUGUUGUCGUGGUGGCUAACAAGCAAGACCUGAGCGAGGCCUUGAGCGUGGUGGAGCUGCAGCAGGAGCUGGGCCUGCAGGCCGUCGACACCCAGCGGGAAGUUUUCCUCUUGGCGGCCAGCGUAGCUCCCGCGGGCCCUGGCUUCGAAAAUCCCGGCACUGUGCACAUCUGGAAACUGCUCCUGGAGCUUCUCUCGUAGGCCGGAACCCACCUGCUCGCUGCCCAGCCUUGGGGACCACAGUGCUGCUGCUGCUGCUUCCUCGCCAGCUCAGGCCUGGAGUCCAGGCCUGGGGCACUUUCCUUCUCCCUCCUUUCUCUCCUAAGAGCGAGGCCAACGUGGGGAAGCCUUCCUGCCCUGAGGCUGAAGCAGGAAGGUGGGUGAAGCCAGCGUUGGGUGAAGCCUGGCUCAUUCUCUGUGCCAGCACAGAUCAGCCUCUCGUUCUCUUUCCUGUGCAGAGUGAUGGCGGGGGGGGGGGGGGGGGGUGCUCCCCCUGGCAGUUCCCAGCAGCAGUGCGGGAGGGACUCCUGGAGCCUCGGGAUCUCCUGGUCUGGCCUGUGGCCUUCUCCCGUGGGCAGGCUCUGGGCACUGCGCAGUGAGCCGUUGCUCCCUGUCCCACGCUGUACUCCCGCCCUGCUCUGCCUAAGUGGCUUGUGGCCUUCUUUGUGCAAUCACUGCCUCUCUGGCCCUUGGGCCAUCGUUGUUAAAGGAGAGUGAUUUGAGUUUUUCCUAACUUGGAAAUGCAGUUCCCAGCCAGUGCUAGGAUGAACCUGGAAACCCCGGCCAGGAGCUUUGGGGAGACCCUCCCUGCUUCCGCAGCCUGCCAGCCUCCCUUGAUGACAGAACGAGUGGUACUCGCCCACGACACGGAACGGGAGAGGGCUGCCUUUCCCCCCAGUCUGGAGACAAGCUGCUGCUUUUGUGCUAACUGUGCCAGUGCCAUGUUUACACAAGUCUGGGGUAAGACGGAGCCCGUGUCCCGGGAAGAUCAUCGGCUGGAGCUGGGGUUGGCCUCAGAACUGCGUUUUAUUUAUUUAUUUAUAAAAGGAACAGGCCAAAGUUCUAGGUUCUGUUUCUAGGUGCUGUUAUCAAAACCCCAGAUGACCCCAGAGCAUGUGGGACUUUGCAGACAAUACCUUGGAAGCACGAAUGACAAUGAGAUAACCUGCAGAC